AUGGUGCUAGGAAAGAGAAAGACGAAGACGAACCAAGUCAAACCAAGCUCAAAGAACAAAAAACCCAAAUCAGCCGAUGCUAGCCAAGCUAAACCGAAAAAGACGAAAGGGAAAACGAAACAAUUCAUUGAGAUCCCAGGCUUAAGCUCCAGUCGAUCGACAGAUUGCGAAGAGACUGGUGAUGAUACCAGGGCAAUCUCAGCCUUAGAUAUUGAAAGCUCAUCCGAUGACCAGGACUUGAUGGACGAAGAAGUCGAUCUGGGCGAAGAAGCGAUGAUCUUCUUGAAAGGAUUGGAUCAAAAGGGUAUAACUCGAUCAAGUAAAGAGCAAAAGCUUGAGAAUCGGAAAAAUCGACCCAAAGAUCCAUCAUCUUCCACCUCGAAAUCAUACAAGCUUCUACCAAAGAUCUCAAACCAAAACCUAGACGAGGAAGAUGAGAAUUUGGACGAUUUAGAUGAUGAUGAUCUUGCGCUCGGUAGCGGGGACGACGAUGAUAUCGAUUUGUUGAGUGAUAUGCCAAGCUCUGGUUCCGGGAAAUCUUUUUCUGAUUUUGAUGAUGAUUCGACAGACUUCGAUAGUGAGGAUGGAUACUACUCAACAGAUAACUCACUACUUGAAGAAGCUUACUAUGCCAAACGUAAUAAGCGAGCAUCAUCAGAGGGAUCCUCCGUCCUUGAACCAACUGAAUCAAAACUUCCGAUUCUACAUCCCGAUGGUAAAAUCCAACGGUUCCCCAAACCUCUACCAGCAGACAGUAGCCGGGUGGUCAAAAGCAAGUCAUCAGGCCAUUCGCAAGCGGAUCAACAAUCAGAAGAACAGCCUACCAAGUCGAAACGAACAAAACCUUCGGAUCCGUCUCUCGGCGCUCGCUUCGGCCGCAAACCAUUGUCAGAGAUCUUGUCAUCUGAUCUAAGUUUCCAAAAUCGAAUCCAAUGCGCCAAGCUUGAGAUCGCUGGACUUGCUCAAGAGGCAAUAUCGGAUCCCGAGAUGAGCUUGGGAUCCCUUAAGCGUAUCUUGGCCAUGUCUUGCCCUACGCUUAACCAGCCCCACGAAAAUCCUGAAAAUCGAAAUUUGAAGAUCGACAGUCCGAUACGAAUGAUGUCUAUUUUAAGCCUCCUCGCGAUUUUCCUAGACAUUAUUCCAGGUUAUCGAAUACGGCCAAUCACUGAAGCCGAGAAACAGGCCAAGGUCAGUCAAAUGGUCGCCCGACAACGAGAAUGGGAAGAAGGACUGGUCAGUAUCUAUCGACGCUACCUGGAAAUCUGUGAAAAGGAAGUCACCAAGAAUACACCCUUGUCAGCUUGCUGCCUCAAAUCACUCUGCACCCUUCUACAAUCCAAGACUCAUUUCAACUUCAGCCACAACAUCAUGCAUAUCAUCGUGCGCAAGCUUGGACAGAGGGAGUGGGAUGAGCUCUCGCUGGAAUGUGCUGAGACUAUCACCGCGGUUUUCAAGAAGGACGUCAAGGGUGAUGACAGUUUGCAGCUCGUAAAACUAAUUGUUAGGACAAUCAAGUCGCGGAAUUAUUCGGUCCACCCCGAAUUAUUACAAGUCAUACUUUCCUUGAGACUUAAGAACGAAUUGUCGUCGCACAUACGGGCGAGUAAUGACCGUGUUUACUCUACGAAAGACCAGUUAUCGACAAACCAACGAAGUGGCAAGUUACCUUGGAAAGAUAGGGCGGCUCAUCAGAAAUCCAAAUCAUCCGGGACUCAACAACCAGCAAUCAUAUCCAAAAAAGCGAGGAAGAUUAUGAAAGCUCGAGCAGGGAUCGAGGAAGAGAUCGCUGAGGCCGAAGAGACGGUGAAGGUUGAAGAGAAAGAAAGAAACCAAACCGAGACUCUCAAGAUGAUGUUUGGAUGCUACUUCAGAAUCAUCAAACUACCCUACCGAUCCGCUCUUCUACCUGUUGCGUUGGAGGGUUUUUCCCGUUUUGCUCAUCUUGUCAAUAUCGAUUUCUUUAGAGAUCUGCUUGAAGUCUUGCGGAAGCACAUUAAUGGGACCGCUUUUGACGAAUCGGAGCCAGAUCCGGCCGAUCUAAAAAACGAUGAGCAGCCCGUCCAUCAGAAGAAAUACAAUCGAAACGAAUACAGGGAUAAACUGCUAUGUAUUGUCACGGCUUUCGAAUUGCUCUCUGGUCAGGGAGAGGCGCUUAAUCUAGAUCUAACCGACAUCAUCAACAGUUUCUACGGUUUACUCCUGGAUAUCAGCACUCUCAUCAAGCUCGAGGAAGACGAUGAAGGGAGGGAUCGAAAAGAAAACAGAGAAAGAAAGACAAAGGACACAAAUCACGAAGCCAAGUCGAGCGAUCGAAACCUGAGGAGUUCGACGAGUGAGAUGGUGAUUAAGGUUCUCGACUUGAUCUUCUUCAACCGCUCGGACCCGCCGACGCCAAACCGAGCGAUCCUCUUCACGAAGCGACUGCUGACGAUUAGCCUGACCUGCUCGGAUCCCCAGCUGACUCUCAAGUUGCUUAAGUUCCUCUCCAAACUCACAACCCGUCAGCCAGUGAUCAAGAACCUCUUCAAGAUCUGCCCUGCCACCGACCACGCCCGGCGUGACCCUCUCGAGGAGGAAGAGCUUGAAUCUUCCAUCGACCAGCUCGGCUGGGAACUCUUCCUGCUCCGAAAUCAUUGGGACCAUCGGGUCCAAAUUUCGGUUCGCAAUUUAAUCCAAUCAUAA